GAUAGAUAGAGUAAAAGCCCCCCCAAAACGGUUUGACAAGUCGGUUGCUGUUGCAUGCUGGGUACGAGACUUGGAUUUCUACGUGGCAUCGCUCUGUUUCCGGUAGCGUCGACGACGUUCCGGGUUUGGGUGGAUCUUUCCACACGGAUUGGCGUUUUGUAGACUUUAGUGAUAAGAGCUGAGUAUGGCGCAGAACUACCAGCAACCCCAGCAACCCCAGCCGACGUACCAGGACUACAUCCAACAGAAUGAGGAUCGGGACGGGAUUCGGCUGAGCUGGAAUGUGUGGCCGUCCAGCCGCCUGGAGGCCACCAGGAUGGUCGUUCCUCUGGGAUGCCUUUUCACCCCCAUGAAGGAACGUCCCGACCUCCCACCUAUCCAGUAUGAUCCAGUGCUGUGUGGCAGGGCAACGUGCAGGGCAGUACUCAACCCAUAUUGCCAAGUGGACUUCAGAGCCAAGCUUUGGGCAUGUAAUUUCUGCUACCAGAGAAACCCAUUCCCACCUCAGUAUGCAGGCAUCUCUGAGCAGCACCAGCCAGCAGAGCUUAUCCCACAGUUCUCUACCAUUGAGUAUACCCUUCAGGAUGUGCCGAGAGUCCCUGCCAUGCCCCUAAUCUACCUGAUAGUCCUGGACACCUGCAUGGACGAUGAAGACCUCCAGGCCCUGAAGGAGUCCCUCCAGAUGUCCCUCAGCCUCCUGCCUCCUAAUGCCCUGAUUGGUCUCAUCACCUUUGGGAAGAUGAUCCAGGUGCAUGAGCUGGGCUGUGAAGGAUGCUCCAAGAGCUACGUCUUCAGGGGCACCAAGGACCUUACUGCUAAACAGAUACAGGAGAUGCUGGGGAUAGGGAAGCUGUCUCCCCAGGGUGGUCAGCAGGGCCGGGGUCCCCAGGGCCCACAGCCUGGGCAGCCACAGACCCCCAUGAACAGGAAAGAUGAGAAAAAUACUGAGCCUGAACCAAAAAACUGGUGGUUCCUGCAGCCUGUGCACAAGUGUGACAUGAGCCUGACUGACCUGUUAGGGGAGCUGCAGAGAGACCCCUGGCCUGUGGCACAGGGCAAGCGGCCGCUCAGGUCCACUGGGGUGGCCCUGUCUAUCGCUGUAGGACUUUUGGAGUGCACAUAUCCCAACACGGGCGCUCGCAUCAUGCUGUUCAUGGGAGGCCCGCCCACCCAGGGACCUGGCAUGGUCGUCGACAAUGACCUCAAGAACCCCAUCAGGUCUCACCAUGACCUUGAGAAGGACAAUGUCAAGUACAUGAAGAAGGCCUCCAAGCACUUUGAUGCACUGGCCACGAGAGCUGCCGAGAAUGGCCAUGUCAUAGACAUCUACGCCUGUGCCCUGGACCAAACAGGCCUGCAUGAGAUGAAGUACUGCUGUAACUACACAGGGGGCUACAUGGUGAUGGGUGAUUCCUUCAACACUUCACUCUUCAAGCAGACGUUCCAGAGAGUGUUUUCCAAGGACAGGAAGGGAGAGUUCCAAAUGUCUUUUGGAGGAACGGUUGAAGUCAAGACCUCCCGAGAACUGAAGGUGCAGGGAGCCCUGGGACCUUGUGUGUCAACAAACCUCAAAAGUGCCUGUGUCUCUGAAAAUGAGAUCGGCAGGGGAGGGACAUGUCAGUGGAAGAUGUGUGGCUUUGACCCCACAACUACACUGGCCUUCUUCUUUGAAGUAGUCAACCAGCACAAUGCACCCAUCCCGCAGGGUGGGCGUGGCUGUGUGCAGUUCAUCACCCAGUACCAACACUCCAGUGGACAGAGAAGGGUCCGGGUCACCACUGUCGCCAGGAACUGGGCGGAUGCUGCCACCAACAUCCAGCACAUUGCGGCAGGGUUCGACCAGGAGUGUGCCGCUGUGCUGAUGGCUCGACUGGCAGUCCACAGGAGUGAUACAGAUGAAGGACCAGAUGUGCUGAGAUGGUUGGAUAGGAGCCUGAUCAGACUGUGUCAGAAAUUUGGGGAGUACAGCAAGGAGGACCCCAACUCCUUCAGAUUCUCCGAGAACUUCUCCCUCUAUCCGCAGUUCAUGUUCCACAUGAGGCGUUCCCAGUUCCUGCAAGUGUUCAACAACAGUCCGGACGAGUCAGCGUACUACAGGUACCAGCUGAACAGGCAGGACCUGACCAACUGUCUCAUCAUGAUCCAGCCCCUCCUGUACGCUUACUCCUUCCAGGGACCCCCAGAGCCUGUGUUGCUGGACAGCAGCAGUAUCCUGCCUGAUCGCAUCCUGCUGAUGGACACCUUCUUCCAGGUCCUCAUCUACCACGGAGAGACCAUCACGGCCUGGAAGGAGGCAGGUUAUGACAAGUCAGACGACCACGAGAACUUCCGUCAGCUGCUGCAGGCACCUGUGACGGACGCAGAGGACAUGCUGGCCAGGCGCUUCCCUCUGCCACGUUACAUUGAGACGCAGUCUGGUGGCAGUCAGGCUCGAUUCUUGCUGACCAAAGUCAAUCCAUCGCAGACUCACAACAACAUGUACCAAUGGGGACCGGGUUACACGGAUGGUGGAGCACCUGUGCUGACAGAUGACGUCAGUCUGCAGAUCUUCAUGGAUCACCUGAAGAAGCUGGCUGUCUCAAGCUCGUCUUAGGAUCCUCUGUGGGGGAGAUGGGAAGGAGUUGAUAGCAAAAGGCUGCUGUCUAUAAGAUAACCACUAAUGUGGUCUGAUUUGGCAAGUAAGGACUUCUGUGUACCAUACUGUGAAACAGGCUAUCUCAGUCUGGACUUAGAACUCUUUGGGAAGGAAAAAGGGGGAUUUUUUUUCUUCUUGGCCUGACCGUUCUGUAAUACAUGUAUUGGCAAAGUCAUUUAGUUAGGCCAUGAAAGAUUUUCUGUAUUAUAAAUUCCAUACACUAUAUUAUUCAGCACUUGUGGCUGCAAGUUAACUUAAAUUGUAACUGCUCCUAUGUGUAUUGAAUAUGAUGAUCUGUUAAGUGUUCAACAAGAAUCUACUAAUAUGUAAUUGGGUAAACAUGUAGUCAUGGGAGACAAUAGCAACGAGCAUACACAACACUUUGACUGAACUGAACUAAGCACAUGGACAGAACUAAUGGAGUUGGUCUCUUGAUAAGUUGGAACUUUAAGUUUGUAAGUUUGUUGUCAAUACUAGUACUGUGUUUAACUUGAAACUUCUGUACUGCCUGUAUUUAUCUGUUUGGACUUCUGCCCAAUUUAGUCAAUAUCAUUAAUUCAUUACAUGUACAAGAAAGAAUAUGCUUGUGACAUGGAAGGGUAUACAGACAACACAACAUCAUUUCAUGUGCAUUUGUCAUUAGGGAUUUGUCUGAAACAAAAUGUAUUGUUAAACUGUAUGCAAUGCAGAAAGUACCAGAAAUUGUGAAUAAUAUGUUAUGCAAAAGAUGCCAUAUAGAAAGGAAGUAGUAGCUAUGUAUGAGUUAAGGCUGCUUCUUCCUGUGGAUGUAAGCUCGUACCACAGUACAGGAUUUCACACUGGAAGUAACGUCCUACGAACCAUUGUUGUACAUUGUACCAUCAGUCUGCUUGUAAGCUAGCUACAGUGUUAUUCCCUCAGCAACAGCCUGUCCUUCUGUCCUGUGUGUAAGUUGAGGAUCCUAAAUGUUAAUCCGCAACUGCUCCACAGAGCUACAUGUGCUCUGAAAGCUAGUUACCUUAUGUCUGUCCAUAUAACACACAGAGCAGUGAUGGUGUGUUACUGUAUACAUGUAGGUCAACACUGUGACCAGUCUCAUGUCUUUUAUCAGUAAAUUUCAUGU